AUGCCGGCGUGCGAGGAUGCGUCGAUGCAGCCGUUGAUCAGGCUGCGGCCAGACGUUUGCAGCCUGCAGCAAUGGCAGGAGACUUUGAAUCAGGCAGUGGCAAGCCACCCCAUGGCCAGUCUGGCUCUCAGCACUGUUGUGGCUGUAGCUUUUUCUAUGCUGCUACUGGAUGGAUCAGAGCUCCUUUACAUGGUCGGAGUGGUUGGAUGGAUCCUUUCCGGACCUCCUCUAAUCAUUACUCUGCUUUUUGUGGCCAGCGGACUCGAAGAGCCGGCUGCAGCCAAGUCUCCUUGCCUUCUUGAAUCCCUGCCGAAGUCCUUCUGCAUUCAGUUCAUGAGCGGUGCAAAGAGCAGUUUCGAGAGCUUGUUUUCCGAACCGCUGCCGGUGCGAGUCGUGGUUUUCUACCACACCGUGGAUUCCUCCGCGCAUGUUUUGGAAGAACUUCAGCACUGGGAUCAACUUGCUGGCGAAGACGAGUGCUGCGGAAAGAUCGUUCUCUGCAACACGGAGUCUGCGGAGAAGGCCAUCUCUGUGUCAGCAAAGAUCGGAGUGCACAAGGCCUUCCACGUGCACGCCCUGCGCCCUCGAGGGCUGCCACGUGCGAACCCACUGGCUCUUCUUCUGGAUGCGAGCGGGAGGAUCUUGAAAGUGGAGGAUGUCAAGCUCAGUGACGCGAGGCGGAGCCUGAUCAGCCAAUCAAGCUCGCUCCGCAAGCAUGGCCUGAACACAUCAGGCCCGCAGCACCUCCUCAGAACUCCUUCGCAUGGCCAGAAGCAGGCACAGGAUCCGGCAGUUCCUGGCCACCUUCUACACCCUCCACGGAUCCCUGGGGCUCGCCGAGCAAGGCUCUGCCUUCUCCGCCUGUCCGGCAACAGCGCAAGCCGGUGCCCAGCUAUGCCAUUCCCUGGGAGCCAGUGUCCUCCCCGCCUGCUGAAGCAAUGGCCUCAAAG